CAGAGGUUUCACUUGGUAUACGGUGGUGGUUGAGCUCCCAAGUGGAAAAGUCCUUGUGGAGUGGCUUCUCCUGAAUUAGUGUGCACUCCAACGCAUGAGGGUGGGUGCAGAAAUGGUGGAAUGUGAUGUGCUGGUGAUUGUGGUGAUUGCAGUGGGUGGAAUAUAUUGGUGGUUAAAGCGACGUCUAUCAGUGUGGAAGCGUCGGGGGAUAGCCCAUGUGAAACCACGUCUACUGAUGGGUAAUCUACGAAAGAAGCACCAUAUCGCACUCGCCAUCGCUGAAAGCUACACAAAGCUCAGCGUGAAAGCACAAUUGGGUGGCUUCUAUUACCUCCAGCGUGCCGCCAUCCUUCCCCUCGACGCACGUCUCGCCGGCAACAUACUCACAGAACCACAUUUUGCCAUGGAUUCCCCUUCCGAAAGUUGGGAUUAUUAUUCACACAAGAGGGAUUUUGUCGUGAUUGAUUCAAUGUGGAAGAGCAUAUGGAAUCGUGCUUUGGACAUUGCAUGCGAUUUUUCGACCAACCUAGAGAAUGUGAAUGGUCAGAAAAUUGAUGCUUUCGACGCAUCACUAGGGUACAAUGUUAAGUUUAUCGCCAAUUGCUUUUUGGGAAUGAGUCUCAAAGGCCCAAAAUUGGAUAAUUUGGAAAAAUUAGCUCGAAAACAUCUACAAUUAUCGGGGAAAAGGCACAAACAGUAUCUCUUUCAGCAAACUUUCCCCCAAAUGGCCUCACUUUUUGGAAUUUCCUCUAUGGACGACAUACUGAAGUCAUUUGAGAAGCUGAUAAUAGAGCAGACAAGAGCUGACCUUAGCGAUAAACGCUAUCAGAAGUUGAUUAAGAUCGUGGGGCAACCCAAUGGGCAACGUCUUUCAAAGAAAAUUGAUUCGAAGGAAAUAACAAGAAGAGCUUUUGGGUUGUUUAUCGCCGGCAUUGAGACAUCAGUGGCCACUACGGCGUUCUGCAUGUACGAAUUGGCUAAGAGUCAAGACAUUCAAAGCAUGUUGAGGCGUGAAAUUACGGACAUUCUUCCCAAGUCUCAACAUAUCACAUACCAAAGUCUAGCACAUCUGAAAUACAUGGAUGCCGUAAUUUUCGAAACCCUGAGAAAGUACCCCCCAAUUGGGAGCACUUGGCGAAUAACGAGCAAGGAAUAUUAUGUGCCAAAUUCAACGUACAUCAUUGAGGAGGGUAUGCCCGUGGUUGUUCCAAUUUAUGCCAUACAUCAUGACCCCCGGUACCAUGUCAAUCCCGAAAAAUUCGAUCCUGAGCGCUUCCUCAACGGGGAUUCUGAUGGGAUAGCUGAAGGCACGUUCAUGCCAUUUGGACGGCGAGAUGCAAUUUCCAUUGAGAUGCAUUUCACCAUCAUGCAAAUCAAACUAAUGCUCGUGUCCCUCCUCAAGGAGUUCCGCAUUACACAUGGCGAACCACUCCCUGAUGCACUAGCUAUAAAUCCCAAAUCGCCCACACUCACCCCCAAAAAUCGCAUUUGGCUCAGCGUGCACAAACUUGGAGAUUCCGCAGAAAUAUGACACCACCACUGAGGAAAUAUUUAUUUGUUUGCAUUUCGUAAAUAUUCUUAUGUGAAAACAUGUAAAUAGCAUUGCGAUGGAGGGGGUGGGGGGAGGGUAAAAGCAAGACGGUGGAAAUAUGUGAAGAACAAAUUAAAGUUUAAUUUCCUUGUUCCAUUAUGUGAAUAUUUCCCUCGCAGCCAUACUCCUCAUGCGGAUACCCAAAUCUAAUCUUUAAAAUAAAUGUCACAAUUUCACUGAAAGCGAACUAAAUUAAAUGCCUUCUUGUGAAUUUUCUUCACGCUAUCAGAGUUGUCAAAUUUCCAGAUUUAGGAAUUUAAAUUAAAGAAAAAAGGAAUUUAAAGCAAAA